AAGAGGAGGAGGAGGACGUGACUCAGCAGGCAGUGACACCCGGACCGCCGCCCCGCACAGUGCCGCUCACCCUCCAUUACUGUGCAGCCUGCAGGUCACCAUGGCCGCUAACUUCAAGGUGCUGAGCGAGGACAGUCAGUUCCAGGUGGAGCUGACGCAGGCCGGGGGCAAGCUGCUGGUGGCGGACUUCACGUCAGCGAGAUGUGGGCCGUGUCAGCGCAUUGCCCCAGUGUUCGAGGAAAUGGCGCGCAGAUUCCCCAAUGCUGUCUUCCUCAAGAUCGACGUCAACCAGUGCCCGACAACCUCCGCCUCACAGGGGGUCUCGGCCGCACCGACAUUCAUCUUCUUCAGGAACAAGACCAAGCUGGACAGCCUGCAGGGGGCGGAUCCUGAGGGUCUGGAGGCCAAGAUCCGGCAGCACUACGGCGAUGGUGACGGGGAGGAGGUGGAGGACUCAGGCGUACCCGGGCAUAUCGACUUGAUGCCAAUGAUCAACAAGUCAGGUUGUGAGUGUCUGAACGAGAGUGACGAGCAUCCCUUCACCCAGGCGCUCUCGUCCUCCGGCGGCUACAUGGAGUCGGACACGGACGAGCAGUUAAUAUUGUACCUGUCGUUUAAUCAAGCCGUGAAGCUCCACAGUAUGAGGAUCAAAGGCCCGGCUGAGAAUGGGCCCAAGACACUCAAGCUUUUCAUCAACCAGCCUCACACCAUCGACUUUGACACAGCCGAGAGCGCCAACCCAGUGCAGGAGUUGACGCUGACCCCCAAGGACCUGGAGGGUGAGCUGGUGACCCUCAAGUUCGUCAAGCUACAGAACGUCAUGAACUUCACCAUGUUCUUCAAGGACAACCAGACUGGCGCCGAGACCACGCAGGUCAGCUACAUCCAGAUCAUUGGCUCGCCGGUACAGACGACCAAGAUGGCAGACUUCAAGAGGGUUACAGGGAAGAAGGGCGAGAGUCACUGAUCGCAGGGGAAGCUUAAGUUCAUUUUAUUGUUUUUAAUGAGCCUUAAUUUUGUUGACUUCAUAUUCUUGAUUACGUUAAGUUGUACGGUACUUUCCUGAGUGCAUUUUGUAACACCAGCUCUGUUUCGUAUUAAUAUUAAGCUGCAGAGUACAACAUAGACAGGCUUUCAAUACUUGCCAACUCCUUCAACGUCAGGCAAAUCUUCACUUCAAUUUCACAACACAUGACACAAUUCGAAAAGCUUACCAAGUGCUGAAAAUGCUACUUAAGCCGACUCCCAGCCCAGCACCCCAAUGGCCUGCCUGCCGCACUGUGAUAAGUUACUAGUGACCGGGAAGGCUUUUGCUCAGUGGUAGGUGUUGCUCUCGUUCAACGUUGCCAGGUUGUCGUACAGGUAACUCUUGAUUUAUGCGAGUAUUGUGUCCUUGAAGAGAUCGCGUAAAUCAAAAACAAGGUAAAUCAAACAAGAGGUAGGUUUGUACCUUUAUUGCGUACUGUAUCACUCUGACUCCUCUCCCUCUCGUGGUUCCUCCUCUGGCUGCCCUUCCCCUCGUGGUAGCACAGCAGCGAGGGUGUUCUUGUUGAGUAGCGUGGCAGCGUGGGUACUGUAUUGUUGUUCAAGUGGCGCGUGGGAAGAACUGAGCUCAGCUGUGUGGCUGUGGCGCUGUGUGAGUCCGGUUGCGUGAGACAUCUGGUGGCCACUCCAUAAAAUAUUGCGUAUAAUUAAAAAAAAACGUGUAAAUUAAACAUUUAUUUGGAUUUUGGACCCUGCGUUAUUUCAAAAACGUGUAAACCAAACUCGCGUAAAUCGAGUUACCUGUACUCAGCUUCUCAUAUUUCCCGAUUUCCACCACAAAACCGUUUCCUGGGCCACAAUACCGAGAUUUAUUUGUAGUUAUUGUUGAAACGGUUUAUCAUUCCUGUUUCCUGGUGAUAUUUAUGGCGGAGAAGCUGGUAAAUUUGAUACUCCGAGUACGAUAACCUGGCAACGUUGCUCUUGUGUGAGGCGGAAAGGAACAGCAGCCUACGCACCAUAUCAGCUUCUGGCAGGCAUUCCGUGCUGCUUUACACCUCUCCUUGUUCUCAGCCUUGCCGCAAGCAUCAGCCGUACUAGAGGUGGGUGCCCGGGAGAAUGUUUUAAUUUCACAACGGUGGUUAUUAAGUCAUGCUGUAGUCAAGCCACUUCAAAUAGUCCGUUUGGGUGUGGGGGCUUCGUGGUGCAGUGGUUAGCACACUUGGCUCACAACCGAGAGAGCCCGGGUUCGAUUCCCAGGUGGAGUGGAAAAAUAUGGGCGGGUUUUCCGAUACCCUACGCCCCUGUCCACCCAGCAGUGAAUGGGUACCAGGUAUUAAUCAGGGGUUGUGUCCUGUCUCCUGGGGUCUGUUCCCUUCUCCUAUAAUUCCUUCCCCUUCUGUCUCUCUCUGGCACAUGACCACAGAUGUUGCGCCGACUAAACGAAACUUUCCAACUUUUUCUGUCUCUCUCCGGCAUAUGACCACAGAUGUUGCGCUGACUAAACGAAACUUUCCAACUUUUUCUGUCUCUCUCCGGCAUAUGACCACAGAUGUUGCGCUGACUAAACGAAACUUUCCAACUUUUCUGUUUUUGUGUCGAAUUUCGUGGGUCCUUUCCUCCGAUCUGCUCUGCCACACUGUCCCAACAUCUGCCCUUUCCUCUCAUAUCGUCACCCUCAUAAAAUAAUCGCGUACGUCAUUUUUCAACAAUUUCCCAGCUUUUGUCUACAUCAGUUUUUCAACAUGACGCCCAUUUUUGUAGAGUAGCCUUCGUCAUUCAGGGUUUGAGUGUUCUAGAAUUGGCCUUUUCAUUACUGCCCAAAUCUGAAGCCAAAUGAGAUAAUGACACUUCUUUUCUGAUUUCCUGUAAAGUAGAAUAUAAUGACUUAGGUGGUUUGUUUACGAAGUUGUUGAUAUGUUACCUAUUGGUUAUAUAUGAGAGGGAAAAAUAGGUGUUGGGACUGUGUGGGGCAGACCAGAGGCAAGGAAAGGACCCGCAAAAUCCACCUCCCAAACGGACUCUUUGAAAUGGCUUAACUAUAGGGGACCAGAAACCCUUGAUGGAUGUGUUAUGCAAGUUAGUCCAAACCUGUAACUUCAGCUUCAGUAUUUAUCAAGUCAAGCCUUGGGUACCUAGGUGGUUAUAAAGUUUAACUAGGCUACUAAUUUUUUUGUCUAGGUAAAGAAUUCCCAAACUGUCCCAUUGCAUAUAAAAUGAUAAAACAGUU